GCCCUGGGUGUCGAUCUGACUUAUAAAAAAAAACGGAUGUGCUUGAGAAAACGAUACAGUAACACGCCGAAUUUUAAUGCAAAACUUGAACAAGAUCUGAAAAGAGCGAGAAGAAGCAGCAGAUGUCGCAGAAUGAGAGCUCCACCACAACGCAAUCUGCACGCAACCAUAGAUCAAAUACAUGCUGUUUCUGUUGGUGCUGUUGCUGCAGCUGCUCCUGGAAAGAUGAAGAUGAGCGAAGACGAAGAAUAUCUCACGAUGUCAAGUUGGAAACCAUACCAAAUUGCGAGCCAAGUACAAAACCAACAGCAGAAGAAGUGCGUUCAUGGGCUCAAUCCUUUGACAAGUUAAUGAAAACUCCUUCAGGCAGAAAUGUCUUCAGAGAAUUCUUACGAACUGAAUACAGUGAAGAAAAUAUGCUCUUUUGGCUAGCAUGUGAGGAUCUCAAAAAUGAAGCAAACAAAAGUGCUAUUGAGGAGAAAGCACGAAUGAUAUAUGAAGACUUUAUUUCAAUACUUUCUCCCAAAGAGGUUAGCCUUGAUUCACGGGUCCGUGAUGUUAUCAACAAAAAAAUGGCUGAACCAUCAACUCAAACAUUUGACGAUGCACAGCUUCAGAUUUAUACCUUAAUGCACAGAGACUCCUAUCCAAGGUUCCUGAACUCUUCUAUAUACAAGUCAUUGUUUCAGAGAUCAUCCAGCACAUCUUCAGAAUCCUAGAUAUUUAAUUGUACAUUACAGAAAAAAAAAUCAAUUUUUGUAUACGGUCAAAUUGUCUACUGAAGGUACAGGGUCAUCACCAAGAGAAAAAAGUUAAACUCAGGUUUAUUUUACUACUGAUUUCCUGUUGCCUAAUAACAUGCAAAAAGCACUAAAGGACUGGAUAUUAACAGCUUCAGAUUAACCUGUGUGAAACUCUAGUGAUGGCUUAAAUAAACAUAUUGGAUUUAGUCUGUAUGUUUUUGCAACAUUAGUCAAAAAUCCUAGUGCAGAGGGACAGGUUUUUGUAAACCUUACAUAAGUCAGAGUAUCAAGCACAUGAAAAUAAGAUCUGAAAACACACUGCUCCAUUCCAAUAAUUUCAGACCACAUUUGUUUGAGCUAUUUUACAUUGAAAAGAAACUCUUUCUGAUAGAGGCAUGAUCAUCUUUAUAUUAGAGCAAAACCAUGCGUGUUGCUUCAUUGAAGGCACAAAUAGAAUGUAUAAAAAUGUAACACGUGCAGUACUGUAUUUUAAUAACACCAAUGUUGCUGCUAUGGUUCCACCAGUUGUUAGUCGUCAUAAAUUGUCCUGUCCCAAAUUCAUUAAUCAAGAGCAGUGAAAUGAUACAUGAUUUUCCAUUUCAUUUUAUGUCUCAAAACAUUAAACUUCUGAAUUCAGCAGUAUGGACAAAAUAACACCAAACCUUCAACAGUUCUAGGCCAGUGUAAUAAAUUAUCUGAAUGUUGUAGGAAAUGCUUUCAUGAGAUGAUAGCCAGGUAAGUGUGAAUUUGUAUUAAAAGGGAACUAAGGUGUCCUUGUGAAUUACAUUGCCAAUCUGACUCCAGAACAAUGUAUAAGACAAAGUAACUUGCACCCCUUCAUUUUUCUUAAUGAUUGACAAUUUAAUAUGUUGCACAUCCUAAUUGUAUUGCAUUAGUAACUUGUACGAGGAGACUACUGAUAGCUGUCUGUUACAGCUGAAGAUGUUUUAUAUUUGUGACAUUUUCUUCUUAGCACAGGUAACCAGUAAUAAAGGGCUUUAAAUAUGUAAAGGCUUACCGACAAGAUGAAAAAUAACUCAAAUAUAUAGAAACAAAAAAUGUCCUCACUAUAAUUUUUGAAAUUAAUUGAAAAUGUUUUACAAGCACAGU